CGACAUUAGCACUUCUACUUUUCAAAACAAUGUCGCUCAUCCCCAGCUUCCGACGUAGUAAUGUCUUUGAUCCCUUUGCCCUCGAUCUCUGGGAUCCUUUCAAGGACUUCCAAUUCCCUUCUUCCUCUCUUUCUGAAUUCCCUCGCGAAAACUCGGCUUUUGUUAACACCAGGAUCGACUGGAAGGAGACCCCGGAAGCCCAUGUGUUCAAGGCUGACAUUCCCGGGCUGAAGAAAGAGGAGGUCAAGGUGGUGGUCGAAGACGACAGGGUACUUCAGAUCAGUGGAGAGAGGAAGAUAGAGAAGGAGGACAAGAACGACACUUGGCACCGGGUCGAGCGGAGCAGCGGCAAGUUCUCGAGGAGGUUCAGGCUUCCUGAGAAUGCCAAGGUUGAAGAGAUCAAGGCUUCUAUGGAGAAUGGGGUUCUCAGCGUGACGAUUCCUAAGGCAGAGGUCAAGAAGCCUGAUGUCAAGGCUAUCGAAAUCUCUAGUUGAAGCUUCACGUACAAAAUGAGAUCAUGUUUGUAAUAAGGAC